UGUACAGCUGUUCUCAUGUGACCAAGGUGAAACGAGUUGGACUGGAGAGCUGUAUUAGCGAUAAACGAGGCGCUUCUGUAAAGACCAUAACAGCUCUGUCCUGUUGGAUUGAAGUGGGAAACAACCUGCAGUAACAGUAAAAUGUCUGAUUUAAUAAAAAACGUGGCGAUCUUUGGCUCGACGGGAAUGACGGGCUUGGCGACGUUACCUAUUGCAGCGGCUGCAGGCUAUAACGUGACCGUGUUGGUGAGGGAUCCGUCCAGGCUGCCUGCUGACCAUAAAGCCUCUCGAAUUGUGGUGGGAGACGUCCUGAACAAAGAGGAUGUGAAGAAGACUUUGGAGGGCCAGGACGCUGUCAUCAUCAUCCUGGGCACAAGGAAUGACCUUAGUCCUACUACUGUGAUGUCUGAGGGCACACGCAACAUCCUGGAAGCCAUGAAAUCCCGUGGCAUCUGUAAAGUGAUCGCCUGCAUGUCCGUGUUUUUGCUGUGGGACCGAGCAAAGGUUCCUUCUCGCAUGAUUCCUGUCACUGAAGACCAUGACCGCAUGUACAUGUUGCUGAAGGAGUCUGGACUGGAUUAUGUAGCGGUGAUGCCGCCACACAUCGCAGAUAACCAUCCCCUGACUGAAAAGUACAUGGUGUCUAUGGACAUGCAGCGAGGAAGAGUCAUCUCCAAACAUGAUCUGGGUCACUUCUUCGUCAAGUGUCUGUCCACCUCAGAGUGGGACAGGAAGACAGUGGGCUUGUGGGGAGAAUACAGUUAAACUCUCCACUAUACAACACGACCACAUUUUAUCAUUUUCUUUAAAACUGAUAACAUUUAUACACAGAAGAUUUAACAUGCCUUGUUAACACAAUAGAGCUUUAUAACAUAAUCAAAAUCAUUAAGAUUACACAGAUGAUAAUAAUGCAAUAUAUUAACCUCAUUGUGAUUACAACCUAUUUUACAGUGUCAGUUUGUUCAGCUUUUUAGAUGUACAAUAUUAUCUUUUAUUUUGAAAAAAUUAAAAUUCAAUUUUGAAAUAAAAAAAAACUUUUGUGAAA